GUUUUCCACAGGACUGCUUAACACACCCUGCUACAACCCUUCUGUAUUUAAACAGAAAAGUGAGCUGUUUUUUAGUUAAUCAGAAGAAACACCAGCAACAUACCUAGUGUAUACCUUGAAAAUUAGCUAUCAUGGCUAAAAUCGUCCCUAAGAAUAAAGCCCCAGGGGUGGAUUUUUGUGGUGUUGAUCAAUACUACUAUAUUGUACGGUCUGAUCUAAACUGCUACAUGAGAUGCUCCAAUUUCAACCAUGGUGAAGACAUUAAUAUCUUUAGCCUGCACCCCUCCUGUAUAAAUGGAGAGCAUUACCUGGCUUUUGAAGAUGACCACUUCUACAUUAUAAAAGGCAAUUUUUACCGUCGUGUGACCAAUAUGAAUACUGAUGAGGGUUCUGUUGUCUACUCACUGCAUCCCAAUUGCAGUGGAGGUGAUCACUAUUUGUCUGCCUUUGGGUAUUUCUACAUCAUUUAUCAGAGCCGUGGUGUCUACCGUCGUACCAAAAACAUGAACAAGGAUGAAGAUAGUGAAGAAUUUACACUACAUCCAGAUUGCAAGAAUGGAAUCUAUUAUUUUGGUACUAAAAAUUACUACUACUUUGUGAAGCCUCAUGAUGAGUGGGGAAUUCAGUACUAUAGAUGUACUAAUUUUAAUACAAAUGCAGAUGCUGAAACCUUUUCUUUCCAUCCUAGUGUUAUUAACUUUCUUCCUGGAGGUUUAGCCAUCAUUCAUGGAAAAUCUUAUGGGAUCUGGGAAUGCAUUAAAACAAUCACCAAUGAUUCUGAAACUCCAAUUACCUGGGCAAAGAAGAUAACGCAUAAAGUUGGCUAUGAUAAAGAGAAGAUGUCAAGUGUAGAACAUAACUGGAAGGUGUCAUCCACAGUGUCUCUACAAUCUGGAGGUUUGACAAAACUGAUUGUACAGGGCACACUCUCUAUUACAGCUGAAUAUGGAGGUUGUUCUGUCAACACAGAGAAAGAGAAUUGGAGUGAGGCCACUGAAAUUGAGGAAUCCAUUAAUGUGACCCUGCAACCAAAGAAAAAACUGUAUAUCUGGCAGUAUGUUCUUGGCAUAGGUACAAAAUCAAUCUUAUAUUGCCGUGACAUGAAAUUUGAGGAUCAUCCAGACCCCCCAACUGAGAACCCACUGCCCCCUUCUACUGGGACUCUUUAAUUACCUUCAAUCAAGUGCAAUAAAUCAUACUUAUUGACACUACAUUUUUGUCUUUUUUAGAAUUUCUUCUAAUCCUGGUUUUGUAUAUCUAAAAAAAUUAAAUAAACAAAAUACAAACAUUA